AUGGCAUCACAGAUUCAUUUCCUAGACAUAAAGGGUAAGCCAUUGCUUUCACGAGAUUACAAGGGAGAUAUCCCAACCAAUACGAUUGAGAAAUUCCCAUUAUUAUUAUUAGAUUUAGAGAAUGAUGAAGGAGAAUAUAAACCAUUUAUUAAUCAUCAAGGGAUCAAUUACAUUUUCAUUAAUCAUAAUAAUCUUUACCUAUGUGCAUUAACUCGUAAGAAUGAAAACAUUAUGGCAAUUGUCAUUUUCUUAUCCAAAUUAAUUGAAGUUAUGACUCAAUAUUUCAAAUCUUUAGAAGAAGAAAGUAUUAGAGAUAAUUUUGUUAUUAUAUAUGAAUUAUUAGAUGAAAUGAUGGAUUUUGGUGUUCCUCAAACUACUGAUACAAAAAUAUUAAAAGAAUAUAUUACUCAAGAUUAUUAUUCGUUGAUUAGAUCAACACCAAAUCAUUUAGUUCAACCUCCAAAUGCAGUUACUAAUGCUGUUAGUUGGAGAAAAGAUGGUAUCUUUUAUAAAAAGAAUGAAGCAUUUUUAGAUGUGGUUGAAUCUAUAAAUAUGUUAAUUAAUGCCCAAGGUCAAGUAUUAAAUAGUGAAAUCUUGGGAGAAGUUAAAAUUAAAUCUCAUUUAAGUGGUAUGCCAGAUUUAAGAUUAGGUCUUAAUGAUAAGGGAAUCUUUACUUCAGGUGAAACCGCCGAUACAAAUAAUAAAGGAAUUGAAAUGGAAGAUAUUAAAUUCCAUCAAUGUGUUAGAUUAUCAAAAUUUGAAAAUGAAAGAAUAAUAACAUUUAUUCCACCAGAUGGUGAAUUCACAUUAAUGUCAUAUAGAUUAUCAUCAGCCCAAUUCUUAAUGAAACCAUUAAUCCUUGUCAAUUGUAAAACUAAAGUUCAUAAACAUUCUCGUAUUGAAAUCAUAUGUUCAGUGAAAACCCAAAUCAAAAAGAAAUCAACUGCAAAUAAUGUAGAAGUUAUAAUUCCAAUCCCAGAAGAUGCCGAUACUCCAAAAUUCACUCCUGAAUAUGGAACAGUUAAAUGGAUUCCUGAGAAAUCUUGUCUUGUAUGGAAAUUAAAAACUUUCCCCGGUGGGAAACAAUAUAUAAUGAGGGCAGAAUUAGGUUUACCUGCAGUUGUUGAUACGGAAUCAAUUAUGACUAAGAAACCUAUAAAAGUAACAUUUAAUAUUCCAUAUUUUACAACUAGUGGUAUUCAAGUUAGAUACUUAAGGAUUAAUGAACCUAAAUUACAAUAUCAAUCUUAUCCUUGGGUUAGAUAUAUCACUCAAAGCGGUGACGAUUAUACCGUGAGAAUGAAAUAG